AAUUGCUUCUCUUCUCACUCACUGAACCCACCGUUGCUUUGAAUUUGCACAUUCAUUUCACGCAACUUUAGUUUUCCAGAUUACGCUAACUCAACAUUACUCUCUCUCUCUAAUUCAACAUACUCUCCGUUCAUUCCUUCCUCUAACACUUUCCAGGUUCUAUCUUUGUGCCUCUUAGAAGUUGGAAUAGAGAUUUUGAGCUGGGCGGAUGGAAGAUGAUAAGAGAAGAAGGAAAAACAAGAAGAAGAAGAACAAGCAAAGUAAGAAUGUGGAGAAUGGGGUUGGAGAACCAGACACUAGGGAUCAGAAUCUGGUGAAUAAUGGUAAGGAUAAGCAUACUAAUCGUUCUGACACCGCGGACGAGCAAAGCAUGAAUGUGGAUUUGAAUGGGGUUGGAGAACCAUUAACUAGGGAUCAGAAUCUGGUAAAUAAUGAUAAGGAUGAGCCUGCUCAUCUUUUGGAGACCGCCACGGAUGAGCAAAGCAUGAAUCUGGAUUUGAAUGGGGUUGGAGAAUCAUCAACUAGGGAUCGGAAUCUGGUAGAUAAUGGUAAAGAUGAGCCUGCUCAUUUUUCAGAGACUGCCGAUGAGCAAAUUAUGAAUGUGGAUUGGAAUGGAGGUGGGGAAACCCCAAACAGGGAUCAGAAUCUGGUGAAGAGUAGAGAGGAGGAGCAUAGUCGACCAUCGGAGUCUGCAUAUGGGCAAAGUACAAAUAUGGAUUCGAAUGGACAUCUGCCAAAUGGUAAAGAAUGUGGCAUAUCAGAAGAGACAAUUAAGAAUUUGCAAGGAGAAAAUGCUAUGCUCAUUCAGAAAGAGCAUAUCACUCCGCAGACAUUAUCAGAAGAGACAAUAAGGAAAUUAAAAGAAGAGAAAGAUAUACACAUACAGAAAGAGGCCAUAUCAGAAGAGGCAAUCAGGAAAUUAAAAGAAGAAAAUGAUAUACACAUUCAGAAAGAGGCCAUAUCAGAAGAGAAAAUCCAGAAAUUAAAAGAAGAAAAUGAUAUGCACAUUCAGAAAGAGGCUGUAUCGGAAGAGACAAUCAGAAAAUUGAAAGAAGAAAAUGACAUGCAUAUACAAAAAGAGGUUUCAUCAGAAGAGACUAUCAGAAAAUUGAAAGAAGAACAUGAUAAGCAUUUUCAGAAGGAGGCCAUAUCCAAAGAUACAAAUAGAAAAUUGAAAGAAGAAAAUGAUAUUGUCAUGCAGAAAGAGGCGAUAUCAGAAGAGAAAAUAAGAAAAUUGAAAGAAGAAAAUGAAGUGUACAUUCAGAAAGAGGCUAUGUCAGAGGAGACAAUUAGAAAAUUGAACGAAGAAAAUCAUAAACACAUUCAGAAAGAGGUUUCCUUGGAAGAGAUCAUCAAUAAAUUGCGAACUGAAAAUGAAUUGCAGACUCAAAAACAUAGUGGUCUGGAAAUGAGAAUAGCACAAUUGCAGGGUGAGAAUAAUUCCUUGCUUCAAAAAGAGGCUGGAUUGGUGGAAAAAACCAAUCAGUUGCUGAAUGAAAAGGAAGUCUUGAGCCUGAAAGUGGAGAGUUUAGAGCAAAAAAUGAAUCUCCUGGAGAAUGAUUUGAGUUCUUUUAUUGAGAAAGAGACUGGUGUGAAAACGAGAAUUGCACAAUUGCAGGGUGAGAAUAAUUCCUUGCUUCAAAAAGAGGCUGGAUUGGUGGAAAAAACCAGUCAGUUGCUGAAUGAAAAGGCAAUUUUGGACCUGAAAGUGGAGAGUUUAGAGCGAAAAAUAAAUCUCCUGGAGUGUGAUUUGAGUUCUUUUAUUGAGAAAGAGACUGGUCUGGAAACGAGAAUUGCACAAUUGCAGAGUGAGAAUAAUUCCUUACUUCAAAAAGAGGCUGGAUUGGUGGAAAAAACCGAUCAGUUGUUGAACGAAAAGGAAGUUUUAAGCCUGAAAGGGGAGAGUUUAGAGCAAAAAAUAAAUCUCCUGGAAAGUGAUUUGAGUUCCUUUAUGGAGAAAGAGAACUCAACUAAAGAAAUUAUUUCAAAUCUGAAUGGAAACGUCAGCAUGCUACAAGUGCAGGUGGCAGAGUUGGAAGAUUCCAGGAAUAAUCUUUUGCUAGAAAACCAGCUAUUGAGGGAAAAUGUGUCAGGUCUUCAGUCAACAAUCCAAAAUCUUGAAAACAGUAGCACGUCUUGCUCACUGGAUGCAUCUGCUAAGGAUCGUGCUUCUGAAAAUGAGGACUUGAAGUCUCAAAUUGAAGCGGCCUGUAUGUUGGUGGAGAAAUUGGUGGCAGAAAAUGCGGAACUUGUUGGGAAGGUCAACGAGUUAUAUGUUGAGCUGGAUCAGCGAAGUGCAGAAGUUGGACUUCCUGGAGUCGCUGGGCCUGAUGGGAUGGUGGAAUUUACUAAACCUGAAUCUGCUGAAAUUACGGCUAUAUCAGCCCAGGAGUUGGAUUCGUUGGAAGAGACUUCAGUGAAGGAUAAUGGUGAGUCUAGUGAUGCUGAGCAUGCUGUUGGGGUAAUUUCAAACUUGUCAUUGGUAUCUGAUGAUGCUGGAGAAAUUGUGCAAAUUCCAUUGGAUGAUAAUGAAGCAGGAGAUCCUGAGUUGCAAGAAGCCAAGAAUGUGGAAAAUGAUGGUGUGCCAAUAACAGAUGCUCCCCUUAUUGGUGCUCCUUUUCGCCUGAUAUCAUUUGUUGCUAAGUAUGUUAGUGGUGCUGACUUGGUUAACCAAAGCUCUUCAAACACCAGUCGUUGACUUUCUAAUACUGAGUGAAAUAGAGUUGUCCUUUUUUUUUUCUUUUUUUGUGGGGGUACAGUAACCUCAUAUUAGGCAGAAUACCAAUAGGUUGGCCUGAAUUGGGCCAUUUUAAUGUCAAUUCUUUUGAACAUUUGGAAAUAUUGUACCGGGGAAGAGUACAGUGUUGUAUUGUGUAUUCAUACCUCACAUUGCUUUCAUAGUC